AUGAAGCUGCUGAAGAAGCAGAUCAGCGAGAAAGAUGGCGCCGGAUCCGUAGUGCUGCGUGCUGAGGAGCCGGAGGAUAUGUGGCACAUGUACAACCUCAUCCACGUGGGCGACUCGGUCAAGACGACGACGAUCCGCAAGGUGGUGAAAGAAGGCGUGACGGGCUCUACCAGUAGUCAGCGUGUCCGCAUGACGCUGCAAAUUGAGGUGGAGCAAGUCAACUUUGAUCCAGUGCUCUGCGUUCUGCGUAUUAGGGGCAGAAAUAUCAUGGAGAGUCAACAUGUUCGGUUGGGAGCUUACCAUACGCUGGACCUUGAGAUGAACCGCGACUUCACGUUGACAAAAAGCUGCUGGGAUGUCAUGUCGCUGGAACGGAUAAGUACGGCGUGCGACAUUACCAAGCAAGCUGAGCUGGUAGCGGUAGUCAUGCAGGUCGGUCUGGCGCAUUUGUGCUUUAUCAAGGGUGACAUGACUGUGAUUCGCGCCAAGAUCGAGACGAGCGUACCCAAGAAACGUCCAGGCAGCUCGGCUCACGCGAAGGGCGCAGAAAAGUUCUAUGCGAACAUUGUGCGCUCCAUCCGCCAGCACAUUGACUUUACGCUCGUAAAGUGCGUGCUGCUGGCUAGUCCCGGAUUCGUCAAAGACGACUUCUUCAAAUUUAUGGUUGAGCAGGCUGUCCGUCAGGACGACAAGCUCAUCCUUGAUAACAAGCCCAAGUUCAUAUUGUGUCAUUCGUCGUCUGGCCACAAGCAUGCGCUUGACGAAGUUCUCAACGACCCUGCACUUCAGUCGCAAGUGAAGGACACAAAGGCCGUUGAAGACGUCAAAUGCCUGGAGCGCUUCUUCAACAUGCUCCACGUUGAUCAGGACCGCGCGUACUAUGGCUACAAGCACGUUGUUCGUGCCAACGCGAACAUGGCCAUUGAGACGCUCAUGGUCACGGACUCGCUCUUUCGUUCGCAGGAUUUGGCGACGCGGCGCAAAUAUGUUGACCUCGUGGAAAGCGUGCGCGAUAACGGUGGCACGGUGCGGCUGUUCAGUAGUUUGCACGUGUCGGGCGAGAAGCUCAGCCAAGUGAGCGGUAUCGCUGCUAUCCUGCGCUUCCCGAUGCCUGAGAUCGAUGACGAGGACCAAGACGGCGCGUCGACUUCCGAUGAGGAAGAAGGCACGGGGGAGGACAGCGGGGUGAGCGACUUGGCGGCCGUAGCUUGA